ACCACAUCUCAUGAAUAUGCGCGUGCGUAACGUCUACGGAGGAGGCUGUCUUUAAAUAGCGAGAGACAACCCCGCUGCAGCACCACUGCUGCGGAAAGGCUGCACGAGGACCACACGCGACCCGGCACCAGUUCGAACCAGUACAAGCGAACCGUGAAGAUGUCCACCAAGGAGAAGCUGAUCGGCCACGUGAUGAAGGAGGAGCCUGUGGGCAGCAGGAACAAGGUGACUGUGGUGGGCGUCGGCAUGGUGGGCAUGGCCUCGGCCGUCAGCAUCCUGCUCAAGGACCUGUGUGAUGAGCUGGCCCUUGUUGAUGUGAUGGAGGACAAGCUGAAGGGUGAGGCCAUGGACCUGCAGCACGGAUCCCUGUUCCUCAAGACGCACAAGAUCGUGGCCGACAAAGACUACAGUGUGACAGCCAACUCCAAGGUGGUGGUCGUGACCGCCGGUGCUCGCCAGCAGGAGGGCGAGAGCCGCCUCAACCUGGUGCAGCGCAACGUCAACAUCUUUAAGUUCAUCAUCCCCAACAUCGUCAAGUACAGCCCCAACUGCAUCCUGAUGGUGGUCUCCAACCCAGUGGACAUCCUGACCUACGUGGCCUGGAAGCUGAGCGGAUUCCCGCGCCACCGCGUCAUCGGCUCCGGCACCAACCUGGACUCCGCCCGCUUCCGCCACAUCAUGUCGGAGAAGCUCCACCUCCACCCGUCCAGCUGUCACGGGUGGAUCAUCGGAGAGCACGGAGACUCCAGCGUGCCCGUGUGGAGCGGCGUGAACGUCGCCGGGGUCUGUCUGCAGGGCCUCAACCCAAAGAUGGGGGCUGAGGAUGACAGCGAGAACUGGAAGGAGGUCCACAAGCUGGUGGUGGAUGGGGCCUAUGAGGUCAUCAAGCUGAAGGGCUACACCUCCUGGGCCAUUGGAAUGUCUGUGGCUGACCUGGUGGAAAGCAUCAUGAAGAACCUGCACAAGGUGCACCCUGUGUCCACACUGGUCCAGGGCAUGCACGGAGUGAAGGAUGAAGUCUUCCUCAGCAUCCCUUGCGUCCUGGGCAACAGCGGCCUGACGGACGUGAUUCACAUGACACUGAAGCCCGACGAGGAGAAGCAGCUGGUGAAGAGCGCCGAGACCCUGUGGGGGGUCCAGAAGGAGCUCACGCUGUGAGGAGCGCGGCUCUGAGUCUGCCCCCGGAACCGCCGCCGGCGCUGCGUGGCCGACUCCCGUACCCUCGUGUGUUCCUCGCGGCGGCGGGCGAGCGAGAGCCCCUGAGUAUCUAAACGGGCCACGUUCGUAGCUAGGUACUCGCACGCGGUCGUCAUUCGCCGCCGCCACCCACCCGUAUGUCCUCCUCUCUCUGCGUGGUUGAACGCUCAGCUCGCGAGGAGAGAGGUCCCUCGUCACGUGUCAGGUCUGCAUAUCGAACAUAUAUAUUCAAUGUACUGUACGUUAAUGUGUGCUGCUGCUUCUUCUGUUCUCUCCUUGGUCCUAGUUUGUGUUUAUUGUGACUCUCCCCAGUUGUUCCUUCCACAUGUUUUUUUUUUUGUGAGUGUGUGUGUGUUGGAUUAUAAUGGACACAUUCCAUUCUCUGUGAGGAGGGCUUCCUAGCCAGCAGGCGUCAAAUCAAAAUGGCUGCACGUACCACUGGUGGAGAAUUCUGUGACACCAAAGUACCUUAUCAUUUCAGCAAAGCAGGACACAGUCACUGGUUACUAUUUUUAAAGAAACUGAACCACAAGUGCACUGACAGAGUACAUGUAUAAUAAAAAAGGUCAACUCUGACAGAAUUGGAGAGGUUGCUGCUAUAUUUAUUAACGGUGAGCCAGUGGGAGGAUCGCGACUCUGGUCAGGUUUUAAACACACGGUAACAAUCCUGCAGAAUGUUUGAGCAUCCUAAUACCCACAAAGAGUGUUGUAUUUAUUUUACUCCAACUGCCUCCAGAAUAAAGGCACAUAGAGAGAAACGGUUUAUAUCUCAGUACUGUUAAGAUCUAUCUAUGUAACAACUAUCCAACACUCGCUAACUGUACCUGUUAUGGUAACUGGAUAUAGAUGUUUAUCGACCAUGACAUCAAAUAAAACUGCCAGGCUACAAAUCC